AUGCGCCCACGCUUAAGCUCUCUGAGGGCUGCCAUCAGAGCAACACCAGUCAACUCGAGGUCAUAUAUCAGGCUACCAGUUGAAAGGCCCAUCGAGGAAGAGACAUUGCCUCACUACCAGCCCGAACAAUUCUACCCCAUACACAUCGGAGAUGUACUAGAUGGCAGGUAUCGCAUUACCGGCAAGCUCAGUUUCGGUGCAUACUCGACAAGCUGGCUGUGUCGUGAUAUUGGUCAAAAGUAUGCGGUGGUCAAGGUUUCCACAUCCCUACAAAAGUACCCCACCGCGACUGAUCGCGAGUUCAAGAUCUACGAACAUCUCGCGAAUAUCAAUUCCUCGCACCCUGGACAAUCCCUCAUCCGAGAGCUAUAUGACUCCUUCGAGCUUCAGGGUCCAGCUGGUAAACACCGGUGUCUAGUACUCCAGCCUAUGCAUAUGACCAUCCUUGAGAUGAUGAGAUUAAACCCAAAGCCGUUCAAUCUUCCUCUUCUCAAAAUGACACUCCGAAGAAUAUUGCUAGCACUUGACUUCCUGCAUACCGAAGCCGACACCAUUCAUACAGAUCUAAAGACCGAUAAUCUAAUGCUUAGCUUAGAAGACAGCGCAAUACUGUCUGAUUUUGCUACCGAAGAACGCAACCAACCGAGUCCGAGGAAAGUGAUCGACGAAUCGCGCACAAUCUACCAGAGUCGACAGUUCCGCCGUCCCACGAACUACGGACUACCGAUCCUUUGUGACUUUGGAGAGGCGAGAAUCGGAAAGAAACAUGAGUCGAGCCCUUUUGUACAACCGAACAUCUAUCGAGCGCCAGAAAUCAUAUUUGAGAUGACCUGGGGAAGCGCCGUUGAUAUUUGGAAUUUGGGGUGUCUUGUUUGGGAUUUGUUUGAAGGAAAGCAUCUUUUUGGGGAUAUUUUGAAUACUCAUGGCCACUAUGAGCCAUUCAAGCAUCUGGCAUUAAUGGUCGCGUUAAUCGGUCCACCACCGACUAACUUUGUUCAGCGGAGUGAAACAACAGCGCAAUGCUUUGAUCGCAAUGGCACUUGGAUAGCCCAUGAAGAGGCGGGUGUGCCGCCAAUUUCCCUGGAUAGCCUCGAAACCCGGCUUUCCGGCUCAGAGAAACUGGAGUUUCUAAAAUUUCUUAGAUCCAUGCUUAAGUGGCUUCCAGAAGAACGCAGAACUGCGAGGCAGCUGCUGGAGGAUCCAUGGCUGCUCUGA